AUGGAAAAAUCCGAUUCAAUCAAGGUAGACAAUAUCCUCAAGCCUGUAUUCUUCCUGCUGGCCGCUCGUCGAGGCGUCCACAAUGAUGUCAAUUUCGUCGAUAGCGACUACGUGAUGCGCUACCAGGGCAAGUCAGGCGUCGAUGCAAUCAACCGCACGCCUUUCUGGAGACGAUUCGUCUGGGGAGUGGGCACCGUGCCGAACAAUUCUAUAUGGCCAGAGGUCUUUUUUGUUUUUAUCUUUGUCACUCUUAUUUGUCGCUACAUCGACUACCGAAGCGGAGGCGUCGAAUACUUCAACGCUCGUCUCUGGCAACAAUUUUCCAUUGCCGGACUGGCCUCUCUCGUCGUGAUCGUCCUCUUUAUCGCUGCUCGUCGCUACGCCAAAUACAAAGCGGCUACUGUCACCCCGUCGGAGUUCAAUCCCACAUCGUACCAGUAUCGAUUAGUGAACGCCAUGAAGCUACGCGGACUGCAAUAUCGCGAGAUCGUCACCGCAACACCGACUGAGAUCCAUUGUCACUGGAAGGAGAACUACGCGCUAUGCGAGCGGUUUCACAAUGAGGGUCUGGUGGAUCCCUAUGAUAGUCGCUCUGUAUAUGAUAUUUCGGUGCGGUUCUACAGCAACGGGGUGGUCUAUCUGGAGUUUCCUACCGAUGAAACUUCCAAACCGAGGCCGGGGGUGGUCACGUCUUUGAACCCCUAG